CUCUCAGCCUUCCCUCAAUGGGCACUGAGACUAGAACUGAUUUCGAGAUUGAAAGCUUUCCCUCUCGCUCAAAGUGCUUUGUAUACUGAAGCAUGCCUGCCAGCGCUGCUUUUCAAAGCGGAAGUGAUUUCCUCGCAUCUUUCGCUUAUAUCCGACCAUCGGCAUUUACAGCUCUCCUCUUGCUAGCCUCGAUAUGGAUAUAUGUGAGUAUCCGCAAGGCUGUUAUAUACCGCCAUGAUGUUGAGCUCGGCAAGCGGAGCGGCUGCAAACCCCCAGCAGCCAAGCUCCUCUAUCGAUGGCCGCUUGCACUAGACGUACUUAAGAGUGGCUUCCAAGCAGGACGCGAGAAGAAGCUUCUUGCCUUCUUCACCAAACACUUCGAUCAGCUGAGCCCAACUGCUGAAGUCAAGAUCCUCGGAGGCAUUGGCUUUGUGACGCAGGACCCCGAAAAUAUAGAGGCAAUCCUCUCUACGCAUUUUGAAGAUUUCCAUCUUGGACCUCGCAGCAUGGCUAUGAGGGCGAUGAUCGGUGAAGGAAUCUUUACCCAAGACGGUGCUGCCUGGAAGCACUCACGGGAAGUCCUUAGACGGCAAUUUGCACGGAUGCAGUACCAGAACCAGAAAGACUUCCGCGAACAUUUAGACCACCUGAUCGAAAGGCUGAAUACUUGUUCAGGUAUCAUAGAUCUCCAGCCAAUGUUCUAUCGACUGACGCUGGACACGACCAUAGCUAUGAUAUUGGGUCAGCCCGUCGAGAGUUUCAAGCACGAGAUUGGAGAUCUGUUCUCAAAAGCCUUUGACCAACCUUCUCUAGUCACUGGUACACGUGCUCGGCUUGGGAACCUGUAUUUCCUCUACCGUCCCAGGGGUUUUUUCGAAGCCUGUGAAACAAUCAAAAGAUACACUUACCAGUUCGUUACAGAAGCCUUGCAGCGAGAAGCGGAAAGCCCUAUCGAGUCUGAGAAAUCCUCGUUCAUCGCGGACCUGCACCGCGACAACCAGAAUUUGCAACUAGUUCGAGAUCAAACACUUAAUGUGCUGAUCGCUGGACGGGACACCACAGCUGCGACAUUGUCUUAUGAAUUCCACCUCCUUUUGCGCAAUCCAAAUGCACUGAAAGCUCUGCGGAACGAGAUUGACACUGUUGUUGGACAAGAAAAGGAUAUAACCAGAGCACACAUUCGGCAGAUGCCAUACCUGCACAAUGUCCUCAACGAGACACUUCGAUUAUAUCCGCCGGUCCCGAUCAACACCCGCUUCUGCAGGAAGACGACUGCUCUCCCAGUUGGUGGUGGUCCAGACGGACGUUCACCACUCCUAGUUCGAGAAGGAAUGCUUGUUGCAUAUUUAGUCUACCACAUGCACCGGCGCAAGGACCUAUAUUCUCCAGACCCUCUGGCUUUCCGACCCGAGAGGUGGGAGGGCACGGAACUUGCUAACAUCGGUUGGGGCUACCUUCCAUUUAAUGGUGGACCGAGACUUUGUCUAGGCAAGGAUUUUGGACUCAUUCUUGCUUCCUGUGGUAUCGUACGAGUCAUCCAGGAAUUUCCUAAUAUAAAGCUUGCCCCAGGACAGGUCCUGGAAGAACCGGGAACAGAACGUCAACACCUCACCCUUACUCUGUCCAACGCUGAAGGGUGCAAAGUCAUCCUUGACUAG